CUAAACCAGAAGUAAAGGAGCAGUUUAUACCCGAAGACCGUUCGGCGAAAGGGUCGGUAGAUAUGCGGGUGUAUUGGUAUUACAUGAGGGCGGGUGCGGGACCUUUACUCUUGUUGACCAUCAUAUUAUCGGCUAUAGUUUCGCAGACUAUCACCAGUUAUAGCGAUAUAUAUGUUUCUCAAUGGACUAAAAACGAGACCAACAUUAAUGCCACGACCGAUGGUUUUAUUGUGAGCCAAAUGAACGGAAUUAUAAUUUAUUCAUCGAUAAUAAUACUGAUAUUUGUGGCACUUGUGGUCCGGUGUCUGGCAUUCUUCCGGUUCGCAGUGAACGCGUCAACCAAUUUACACAAUACUAUAUUCAGUCGCCUAAUGACAGCUCCCAUUGCUUUCUUUGACAUCAAUCCUAUCGGCAGAAUUUUAAAUAGAUUUACAAAGGAUUUGGUUAUUGUUGACGAACCGCUGCCCGGAUGUGUCUUUGAGAUUAGUUUA